CGGCUUUCCGGCUAGGACUUGAACAAUUGCCUACGCGCAUUCUGGCCAGAACCAACUGAAGAAGUCCUCAAAAAAGAGCAUCUACAACACCAAGAACAAGUUCAGGAUGGCAGCAGCAGCAGCAGCAGCAGAACCCAUCCAGGUCGACCACGAUGUGGUUGGCGAUCUCAACGUGGACGACAAUGAGUCCAUCAGAGAUGCCGAGACUCUCUACGGUUCCACACAAUCUGUCACCGCCAGCAUCUACGACUACCGCGACGUCCAUGGCCGUCUAUAUCAAGCAUCCAAGACAACAGAGUACAUCUUCCCCGUAGACGAACAGCACCUCCAAGGCUACGACCUAGCCCACGAAUACAUGCUCAUCCUCUUCUCCAACAAACUCUACCUCGCACCCAUCUCCAACCCCCAAACCAUCCUCGACAUCGGCACUGGCACCGGCAACUGGGCCAUCGACAUAGCCACCGAGUCCCCCUCCGCCUCCGUAAUCGGCACCGACAUCUCCGCCGUACAACCCACCUUCGCGCCGCCCAACGUGUCCUUCCAGAUCGAUGACGCCCAGCUCGACUGGACGUUUCAACCCAACCACUUCGACUUCAUCCACUGCCGCUUUCUCUACGGCGGCAUCAAUGACUGGGCCAAGCUCUACCGGCAGGCCUACACGCACUUGAAACCAGGCGGCUGGUUCCAACACGUCGAAUUCGACAUCGAGACCUUAUCUGAGAACCCAAAGGUCCAGAAUGAUCAGGACCACGUCUUCAAAACGUGGUGUCGACUCUUCUGGGCUGUUGGGGACAAGACGGGUCGUACCAUGCGGAUUGGGAGGGAUGGAACGAUGAAAAAGUUGAUGAAAGAGCAGGGGUUCACAGAGGUGGUGCACAAGAGCUACAGAGUACCGAUUGGAGCGUGGGCAAAGGAUAGGAAACUGAAGCAGGUUGGUUUGUUGAAUUGGCACUAUAUCGAUCAGAGUCUGGACGGGUUUGCGGUGUAUCCCAUGGGUCAGGUGCUGGGAUGGAGCAGGGAGGAGGUGAGCGAGUUGGUGAAUAGGAUGAGGAGAGCGAUUAGGGAUGUGAGGAGUUUGAGUUAUUAUACGGUGAAGGUGGUUUAUGGGAGGAAGCCGGAGGAGGGGCGGUGACUCGAGGAUGGAGAUGGCGUGGAUGAGACUACCUUACCUAAAGGUACUGACGGGACUGAGGGAUUGGUCAACAGGAUGGAUGUUUUUUCCUUGAUCAACCUCUGAGAGAAACUCUAUCUGUGUUCAAGGCAGGAGGGAUCAAGUGGGAGAAGGAGAGAACCGACCACCCGACGAUAUUCACAUAUCCGUGCCAAGGAUUUCGAAUUGAAGAAGGAGCG